AUGGCUAGAAUUGUGUGCCACGGGUUGCAGUCAUCGUAUCUGGAGGAGUCAAGAAUACAAUACAGGCUCAUGCUUCCCUUCACUUGGAGCUCCAUUCAAGGGCACCCAUCGGUGCGGCUCAGCGCCGAGAGCUUGGAGCUGUGCACAGAGAACCUAGGGAACGAAACGGGUAGUGAUAUGGUAGAGAGCGACGUCAUUGAGUUUCUGUCUUGUGGUUCGUGGGAAGGUGGGAGAAAGGAGGAGAAAAAGAAGAAAGCGCGUCAUCAAGUGAGAAAGUUUCCGCCACCUUUGACUACGAUAAGGGGAACGGAGUCCGUACGAGUUAAACCCCACAGAGAGGGUGGGAGGCUUCUGCUUCAACUCACUAAGGUCAACCUUCCAUCUUGCUUCCAAGCUCAGAGGACCCAUGGUCGCCUUCGCCUCUGCUUUUCCAAUCACAUUAAUAAUAAUAAUAAUAAUAUUCAAGAACAAGAUCAAGGUGUUGAAUCUGUUGAUGCUCAGACUCAGAAUAAUGGGCAACACGAACACGAACAUGAACAUGGCCAAGGGAGCAACAGUUGGAGUGUAAUGAGGGUGGAAAAUAAUAAGUAUCAUGAGAGGCCAAGCAGGAGAACUAGGCUUGUGGUCACUGGUCGGUAG